ACAUCCUUUGCAUCCAUUGUUUGGUGCGCACAUGAUUUAAGAUAACGCAAGCCAUACAUGAAGCUCGGUGCUUGAGGUUCUGUAUUUAUUGUGGUUCUGGAUAUUACAACAGAUUAGUCAAGUCUGAUGCAACCUAUCGGACGCAUCAUCAUUUACCCACUCGCAUUAAGUAAUAAAGAAUAAAAGCAAUGACCCGUGGAUUUUCGAGUAGAAUAUACCUAUGGCUUUUCAUAGUUUUGGCUGUUUCACAACAAAUAGUGACAUGCCCAAGUGAAUGCCGUUGUGCCGAAGGACAAGCUCAUUGCCGACGCUUAGCUGCUUCGAGACUCGCGCAGUUGCCACGAGACACACGCAUUUUAGUUUUGCACAACACCGAUUUGCAACGUUUAGAGCAGGUUCAAUUCGCAUCUCUGUUAGCAGAUGUUGUGGCAACUAAAUUGGAAAGAUUGGAGCUCUUUCACAAUAACAUCGUUCAUUUGCCACCGAACACAUUCGACGGCCUGUCAGCACUUCAGUACUUACGAAUUGAUAGGAAUGCCAUAAAUUGCGACUGUUCCACUUUGGAGCUCAUCAAACGGUUUGACGAAAAUCGCGCUCGAGCACAUAUCACUUGUGAUGCCCCACAGCCAUUGCGCGGGAAAAACUUGAAUCACAUCAGUGAAACGGAAUUAAGAUGCGAUGUUACGGGCAAUAACUUAAAGUUAUCGGGAAAAGAUGGAAAUUCAAUGUUCUUGUGCCAUACCGAAGAUGACUUGAAUUUGGAUGAGUUUGAAACAGAUGUCGACUAUGAUGAAAGUCAAUCGACAGUUUCAUUUGAUAUACAGAAUUUGGCUGUCAAUUUCAUCGGUGAACAUGAGUGCGUAUUCAGUGAAGUGCCGCGGGGAUUCAGAAACGAGCAUGUCAAACUAAUGGUGACUACUGAAGCAAAUGCGCUCAAUCAGGUUACAGCCAAAAUAGAAUUUAAGGCUGAACUCCUUGUUGAACGCGGAACCACUGACAAUACACAAAUCGACGAUGAUAUUUAUAUCAAUUGCCCAAAAUCAGGCAAAUUUGUAUGCAGUUCUGAGAAACAAUCUGAAAAGCCGAAGUUUGUCAGUGAACCAUUUGAUAUUGAUGCGUAUGAAGGAACGACAAUUGAAAUUCCAUGCGAAGGAAAAGGCAAUCCGAAACCAGAAGUUCAAUGGAAGAAAGAUGGUCGAACACUCGUACAAAAUGUGAAUCAUCGCAUCGGUGUCAGUGGUAGUUUGUUUAUAAAGAAAAUAACGGCACAACAAGCUGGCCGCUAUGAGUGUACCCUCCGGAAUAGUUUGGGUCGAAUCAGCGCAUCGGCACUCAUAACCGUCAAAAACAAGGAUGUGGCAGCACCGAGCGAACAAGUGAUUCGGGUGGCAUUUUCAGAUGCGGCUCGAGAAGUCGACACUGCCAUUAAUCAAACGAUGGCCUAUCUUUUCGAUCCGAAGUCGAAACGCCAUCAUGGUGACCUCUUCAAAAUUGCCCGAUAUCCAAGAGGGAAUGCACGCGAAUUGGCACGAGCCUCAGAAAUAUUCGAACGAACACUAGUAAAUUUGAGAAAGCGAGUCGACGGUGGUGCCAUAUUACAAUUCGAUGCAAUCGAUUUCAACUACAAGGACAUUUUCAACGCCGAGCAAUUGGAUUUAAUCGCCCAACUGUCCGGUUGUAUGGCGCAUCGAAUCAAACCGAAUUGCUCGGCCAACAUGUGCUUCCAUUUGAAAUAUCGUUCAGCUGAUGGUACCUGCAAUAAUUUAGAGCAUGCAAUGUGGGGAUCGUCAUUAACUGGAUUCAGACGUCUUGCCAAACCAAUUUACGAAAAUGGCUUCAGCACACCAAUCGGAUGGGACAAGGAGCGUUUAUAUCAUGGUUAUCGCAAACCAAGCGCACGUCUCGUCUCAACGGAAGUUAUUUCAACAAAGGAAAUUACACAGGACGAUAAAAUCACGCACAUGGUUAUGCAAUGGGGUCAAUUUUUAGAUCACGAUUUAGAUCAUGCAAUUCCAUCAGUCAGUUCGGAGAGCUGGGACGGAAUCGAUUGCAAAAAAACAUGCGAAAAUACCGCACCAUGCUACCCAAUUCAGGUGCCACCGAAUGAUCCACGUGUCACAAAUCGUCGUUGCAUCGAUUUGUUUAGAUCGAGCGCAAUUUGUGGCUCCGGAAUGACAUCGAUUCUCUUUGACACAGUUCAGCAUCGUGAGCAAAUAAAUCAAUUAACAGCAUACAUUGAUGCGUCUCAAGUGUACGGUUAUUCGUACGAAUUUUCUCGUGACCUGCGUGACUUCAAUCCAAAUGUUGGUUUAUUACGGACUGGCGUAAAUUUUCCGAAUCAAAAGUCGAUGUUGCCAUUCGCCUCACCGACCGAUGGCAUCGACUGUCGUCGCGAUGUCGAAGAGAGCAAGAUGAAUUGCUUCACCGCUGGCGACAUUCGGGCCAAUGAACAAGUUGGCUUGACGGCAAUGCAUACGAUAUGGUUGCGCGAGCACAAUCGAAUCGCUGCCGAAUUGAAAGAAAUCAAUUUCCACUGGGAUGGUGAAACAUUGUACCAGGAAGCUAGAAAGAUUGUCGGUGCGCAAAUGCAAUUGAUAACAUAUGAGCGAUGGUUACCAAUCGUUCUAGGACCGGAAGGUAUGGAAAUGCUUGGCCCAUACCAAGGAUACGAUCCAUCUGUUGAAGCAAGCAUUUCAAAUGAAUUUGCAACGGCUGCACUUCGAUUCGGCCAUUCGUUGAUCAAUCCAAUUUUACAUCGACUCAACGAAACUUUUGAGCCCAUCGAACAAGGACAUUUGGAGUUGCAUCGUGCAUUCUUCGCUCCAUGGCGUCUCGUUUAUGAAGGUGGUGUUGAUCCACUGAUGCGUGGUAUGUACAGUGUUCCAGCAAAAUUGAAAAAACCAUCGCAAAAUCUCAAUACGGAACUGACCGAAAAAUUAUUCUAUAAUGCUCAUGCUGUAGCACUUGACUUGGCCGCUAUCAACAUUCAACGUGGUCGAGACCAUGGCAUUCCCGGCUACAAUGAAUAUCGUGCCAAGUGCAAUUUAACCGUUGCCAAAACCUUUGAUGACUUGAAACACGAAAUAACGGAUGCGAAUAUUCGGGCCAAGCUCAAGCAGUUGUAUGGCCAUCCAAGCAAUAUUGAUUUGUUUGUUGGUGGUAUUCUGGAAGAUCAAGUGGAAAAUGGAAAAGUGGGCCCAUUGUUCAGAUGCAUUUUAAUUGACCAGUUCAAGAGACUCCGCAGUGGAGAUCGUCACUGGUAUGAAAAUCCAUCGUCCUUUACGCCGGCACAGUUGUCUCAAAUUAAAAUGGCAUCACUGGGACGCGUUUUAUGUGACAAUGGCGAUAACAUUACACAAAUCACCGACAAUGUCUUCUUUUUGCCAAGCACACAAGGGGGAUACAAAUCCUGCAAUGAAAUUCCAAAAAUGAACUUAAAUGUUUGGUUGAACUGCGAUAAAUGCUCAGCACAUCAAGAUCCGUCAACAUUUUAUGCAGAUCCGAAUUUGUCGCGUCAAAGUCAAACGGCAUCGAGAACCAGACGUGAUGUGAGUAGUACAGAAGAAACUGCAGAUGAUAUGGAACCAUCGAAGCCAUUGCCUAUCGAAGACUCUUUCGACAACAAAACUGAAGACUUAAAUGAACUGCAGAAUAUUCGCUCAGCAUUGAACUCCAUUCAAGCUACAAUUACUGACUUGCAAGCACGCAUCAUACAGUUAGAAUCAAACAAGUAAUUUUCCUACAGAAAUGUCCCUUUAAAUUUGUAUACCAAAAGUCAUGUAUGCCUUCUUACACUGAGCAAAUAAAGACAAAUCAUAAAUAUUCUAUGAAA